UCAGCCCUGUGCCCUUCGCUGCUCCGGCUGCUGGUGUGUGCUAUUGAUUACAUAUACACCCGCCCGUUGUGUUGGUUCGUGCUGCUGCAAAACGGCAAACCGCGAGAAGGCGCAAGCAUGGCGGCACAACAAAUUACCAUCGAUCAGCUGGACAAGGAUCAGAUCAAGUCGUUUUCCGACUUUCUGCUGUCGUACAACAAACUUUCCGAGCUGUGCUUCAUCGAUUGCGUGAGCGAGUUUACCGGGCGGACGGUUAGCGACAAGGAGGACAAGUGUGCGCUGAACUGCAUGGAAAAGUUUCUCAAGAUGAACCAGCGCAUCUCGCAGCGGUUUCAGGAGUUCCAGAUGCUGGCGAACGAGAACGCGAUCGCGGCGGCCCAGAAGCUCGGCGGUGGCAAAUAAGCUGCCGCCUGCUUUUACCAUCAUCCCUUGCUGCUCCCCCCUGCGCAAAGCCAGCCGCCCACGGGAUGGUGCAUUUAGUUUUCUGCAUCAUAUACCUUUUUUUGUUUUUUUUUCUUAAUCAGUAGGUUGAAUAAAUCAUUUCCCUGUUAAAGGCAA